GUCCGUGCGGAAACCAACAACGCAACUCGCGUUUCCGCAGGUGAAUUAUGUAAACGCCACAGUAGUUUCGUUUUGACUCAACUUUCGUUUUCACUAAAUUGUCUCGACAUCGGAGCGAAAUGGCGGACCUGCCUCUCACGCUGAAGAUAAAAAUGUCUGCAUUAUUUCUAGUGUUCGCGGAAAUUCACAGCGUGACCCCUGGGAUUCACACGCUGAUGUAUUUCACAGUAACCUCUGAAAUUCCGAACAUCCCAGCGUACUGGGAGGUUGCCUAUUUGGACGGCAUUCCAAUUUCGCACUAUGACAGCAACAGCAAGAAAAUGAAUGUCAAACAGGACUGGGUGAACAAUAUCAGAGCAGAUGAGCCUCACUACUGGGAGAGGGAGACACGAGAGAGUAUAGAGAAUGAAAGGAUCUCUAGAGCGAGCAUUGAAAUCGCCAAGAUGCGCUUCAACCAAACUGGAGGUGUUCACAUGAUCCAGGCGAUAAAUGGCUGCGAAUGGAACGAAGAGACUGGCGAGGUCGAUGGCUGGGAUCGCCUCAGUUACGAUGGAGAAGACUUCAUUUCUCUUGAUUUUAAGACAAUGAGAUGGAUCACAUCUAGCCCACGAGCUCUCAUCACCAAACACAAUUGGGACCACGAUGAAUUUUCUCAGUUGAAGAAGCACGUCAUCUUUGAAAUUUGCCCUUUUCUGUUGAAGAAGCAUGUGGUUAACGGGAGGGACUUCCUCAAGAGAACAGAGCUCCCCAAGGUGUCUCUCCUCCAGAAGACUCCAUCGUCUCCGAUCACCUGCCACGCGACUGGUUUCUACCCCCGCGUAGCCGCGCUGUUUUGGAGGAAAGACGGUGAGGAGCUCCAUGAGGACGUGGAGAUGGGAGAGACCCUCCCCAACCCCGAUGAAACCUUCCAGAUGACGGUCCACCUGACAGCGGACACAACGGACGAUGUGGAAGGCCGCUACGAAUGCGUGUUCCAGUUCUCUGGGGUCAAGGAUGAGAUUGUCACCAAGCUGGAAAGAAGCAGGAUCCAGAGCAACGCACGCACCCAAGACAAUGAAAAGAAGAUGAUGGUGAUCCUCACUCCUCUGGUGGUCCUCAUUCUUUUGGUGGUCAUUGUUGGGGCAGUGGUCUUUGCCAAGUGCUCCAGGGACAGACAAGGCAAAUAUUCAAAACCUUCCAAUUCCGGUGACUCUGUUGUUUCCUCUGCUCCCAUGAUCAAAUCCGAGUGUGAUGGGGCAGCUGCCAUACAUGCUGGAACACAAGUGCUGCGUCACCUGUGAGUGCUUUCCCACCAAGAUUUGCAGGCGGCACAGUGGCACAGCUGUAAAGCAUUGGUCUCACAGUUCUGAGGACCUGGGUUCAAUGGUGGCGUCUGAAAACUCAUUGGGGUCUUAUAUGUCUGUUAAAUAAAACUGGAGGGUUUUGCCUGCUUUACCAAUUUUCACUGA